AUGAUCACACUGAAUGCCACCAACAGCGAGGCCAUACGUGGAAUGAAGGAAAAAGGAGCCAUACGUGGAAUGAAGGAAAAGGAAACGUUUCUGAUUACAAACGGAAGCCAGCUAUGUCUGUUCGACACCCAGGGGACACUUCCUGAGAUUCAGACGCCACUAGGCCCCGCUCUGAUUGAUACUGGUUCGGCUACAAAUCUGGUCCAUUCCGAAUAUGCACCGGCAAAGAAAGAAGCCUAUGCCAAACCAACUCUCAUUGACGCAGGUGGCCAACCACUAGAUAUAGCCGGUAUACAAUAA